UGGGGCGAGGGGAAAUGGAAAAAUCCACGGCGGAUAAAAGUGGAAGAAGACAAGGGUGGAAUCAGGGAGGGAUCCCUGCCGUCGAUCAGGCUUUGCCUCGGGAUCAGUUGUUCUUGGUAUGAAAAAGCGAGCCACGUGAUUAAAGAGGAGGGAAGUCUGUUUUCACCGCUGCACAUCUGCAGGAGCUUCGUCAUCAAUAACUCAUACUCAGGUGUAUUCAACAACUGGAGUUAGUACAUAUAGUCUCUGGCCUCCCUCUUCCAAUUCUCCUCAUUCGCCCCAUUUGGAAGAGUUUUGCUACCCUCCCUUGGCCCCCCUGAUAAUGGAGGAUGUCCAUCUUUCAUAGGAUUCAGUCCUUUGGGGUUUGAGUAUAGGAGCAUUAUGGAUCCUGAACCGGGGAGGUGUAGAAGAACUGAUGGGAAGAAAUGGAGAUGUGGCAAAGAUGUCAUUCCUGAUCAAAAGUACUGUGAGCGGCACAUGCACAGAGGUCGCGGGCGUUCAAGAAAGCUUGUGGAAGCUUCUGAAAUCACUUCAGAGUCUGUUCCUGUAAAUCUUCAGCUAGCAACUCCCUCUCCGAAAAGCAGUAGCAACAAUUCUAUUGGCAAGGAUUCUACCACAUCCGCUAUUAGUAGUAUCAGUGGGAGCGAAAACAGAAUUUAUGCCAAGAAAGACUCAACCUCUGCCGCCGCUACUGCCACUGCCACCCCAACUACUAAUGGUAUAGACAAGGAAAGCAACAAAAAUGUCUAUCACAGCAAAGACACCACCAGGUCCAUGACCACCACUGGUCUAUGGAGUGCUGUUUCUGAAAAGAUCAAUAAAUGCACAAGCGAUAGCGAACUUCUUCAUGGGAAGGAUGCCGGGUACAAGCAUCUUAAUAACAGGAUCAACAUCAACAGGAUCAACAUCAGAGGAAGCAACAACAAUAGACAUGCUGGCGAUGCUGGAAGUUUAGUGGCUUCACGACUUGGCUUCUCUCCUGAUAGCGUUCUUCAAGUUGUAGGCUGCAGUAGCUCCUGCCUCAACUACAGAAAUGACGUAGAAACUGAAUUGCAGAGAUGCAGAAGAACUGAUGGCAAGAAAUGGCGUUGUGGCGCGGACGUUGUACCCGAUCAAAAGUACUGUGAGCGGCACUUGCACAGAGGCUCAAAGAAACUCGCUGUGGUGGCUGAGCCAGUAAGAGUCACCUCGGCUCUUCUUCCUCUUGGUAUUUACCAUGCUACUUCCCUUGCAAUACCCCAAAAGGAAAGUGGUUACAUAAACUUGAACACCGAUCUCUCCAUAUCAAUCACAGCAAGUCCUCAGCAAAUGGCCAACGAGGAAAAAAGUAAUACUAGUAGCAGCAGCGAUGCCAACAACAUCAGUGAUGAAAAUGGUAGUGUUUCUCACCUGUUGGCUCUAUCUCCAUAAAACUAUCUUGAGCUUAUUGGCAGUGACUGGAAAAUUCUUUAUCUGCAUGCUUUAACAAAUUGACUGGAAUUUGUGGGUGUCACGUUGUGAAUUGAGUUAGGCUCCAGGUAAGUAUUCUGUAAUUGUUGGUAGUUUAGUCCAUUCCAUGGUUCAACUGUUUGAAAAUGUUGUCUGGGAUUUUACUGAAGUUCUGGUGUUUCUUUC